UCUUUCACUCUCACUCUUUUGUGCUCUUAAAAAUAAAAAUGGCGACGACAAUCUCAUCUUUGUUCUCGUCACCCAAUCUCCUUCACCACCCAUCAAAACCCGUCACAGGGCUGACCCUGAAAGCGACGCCGUUUCAGGGCUCUUAUCUGAGGCUGGCCUCCAGAGGAGGGUUGCAGAGGCUGUACGCUGUUGCCGAAGAAGUCGCCGCCGCAGACCCGUCUUCCAAGGCCGCCCGGAGAGUCUACAUCGGCAACAUUCCCAGGACUGUGGAUAAUGCCGAGCUCACCAAAAUCGUGGAAGAACAUGGCGCUGUUGAGAAGGCUGAGGUGAUGUAUGAUAAGUACUCUGGAAGAAGUCGGCGGUUCGCAUUUGUUACAACAAGGACUGUUGAAGAUGCAAAUGCCAUAGUUGAGAAGCUGAAUGGAACUGAGAUUGGAGGGCGUGAGAUAAAGGUGAACAUAACCGAGAAGCCCCUCAUACAACCAGAUUUGUCACUUGUCCAGGCAGAAGAGUCGCAAUUUGUUGACAGCCACCACAAAGUUUAUGUUGGAAAUCUUGCAAAGGGUGUUACGACAGAAACACUCCAGAAGCUUUUCUCUGAAAAGGCAAAGGUACUUAGUGCAAAGGUCUCCCGGGUUCCUGGAACCUCAAAAUCUAGUGGAUUUGGGUUCGUGUCUUUCUCAUCAGAGGAGGAUGUAGAAGCUGCCAUCUCAUCUUUCAACAACACUUUGUUUGAAGGCCAAAAAAUUCGCGUCAACAAGGCAUAGUAAACUGGCAGAACAUUUUGUACUUGGGAGAGUUUGUUUUGUAUCUAUUGUAUCAAACAUUGGGACAGACCAUUUCUAUGUAGAACAAAUAAAAAUAUAUUCUCUUCAUAUGGUUCUGAUCUCAAGGAUGUUGUCAUGACAUGAGGUUUUGUAGUCUAUCCUCGUUUAAGCUGACCAGUUAAUAGAACAGAUCACAUGAGAUAACUGGUGCCUUGAAGUUGUAACUAUGAUUUCUGGUAGAAGCUAAUAUUAAUGGUUUUUACUUGGU